AACAAUGAUGCUUGAGAAUGGAAUAUAUUUUCCUAAGCAGAAUUAAAAUGGAAUUCUGCAAAAAUUAUAAAUUUCUUCGGGUUCUGCCAGCGUCCACGCGACGAGUGAUAUGGUCCUGGAAAGCGGAAAACGGCACGCACGUUCGGUUCCGAGAGAGCGAUCCCACCGAGGAGUGCCUCGUGGAGCUCGUCAACAUUUGCGUCUCCAUAACCGCCAUCCUCGUUUCUUUAAUCGCCGUGCUCAAGUACAGAUUCAGCAAACAAACAGAUUGUAGAAAACUUACCCCGUUUUGCAAAAUUUCAUCAUUGCUGAGUACGAUGAUAUUGUGCAUAUUAGUGAUACUUGUCCUGGAGAUGUGCGAGUCCUGUCUUACCUCUAUUUCUUAUUCUACUAUCUUCGCAAUCGUGGCUGUCUUGUCGUCUUGUGUCCUUCAUCGAGGAAAAGAAACUCGGAAUGGUUUAGAGACUACACUCUCUAUUGGAAUUUUCGCUGCCCUUGGCUUAUCGCGGGCGUGGAAAUUCAUCUUCCUUUCUAGACAUGGUCUGACCGUGAAACACGUUCGGUACACAACUGCAGGGAUCUCCGCCGUAAUUUGCAGCCUCCUCACAAUUUUGGACUUGUACACAUUUUAUCUUAUGGCGAAGAAGAGGCGGAAAUGUUUGGUGAAAAGAGAACAAAAGAGAAGAGCGUACAAACACGAUGAGGCCUCGUUUUUAGAAAGGAUCACUUUCCACUGGAUGAUUGGCUUGCUCUCCAAAGGAUACAACAGUCUUCUAGAUAAUCAAGACCUUGGCCAGCUUCCGGAAAAAGAGACUGCCAGGAGACAGUUUGAGAAAUUCCGAAAAAUUUACGACUAUUAUAAGGAGAGAACCAAUAAACUGUCGCUUUGGCAAUGCUUUUGGAAGAGAAUUUGGUAUCCCUUUGCCGUCGGGGGUUUCAUGAAGCUACUAGGGGAUGCUACAACCCUCGUGGGUCCGAUGUGCAUUUCACAAAUUCUGAAUUACGUCUCAGCCUCGCAGAAUGCGACGAUCAAUCAUCGAACUUCUAUGAAUGCUAUGACAUUUUCUGAAAUACUGCAAAACGGCUACUUCCUGGGCUUGUUGAUGUUCUUGUUCGCGUUGUUGCAAAGCACGUUGAGUCAGGCUUCCACUCACGUCCUCUGUGUCGAGGGAAUUCGCUUGAAGACCGCGCUUCAGGCGCUCCUGUAUGAUAAAGCUCUACAUCUAUGCUCGUGGAGCAUCGUAGAGGAGGAGAAUCCAUCGUACAAGGAGAGAAGUAAAUGUCAGGAGUCUGCAGACAUCGGGACCUUGACUAAUUUGAUAUCAGAAGACGUUUACAACGUGAUGAGUUUUUUCUGGAUCGGCCACUACAUUUGGGCAAUACCAUUAAAAAUUACUGCAAUCGUUUUCCUUCUGUAUACGAAACUUGGGAUCAGUGCAAUUAUCGGCGCACUUUGUUGCGUAUUUAUAGUGACACCACUUCAAUUGGUACUUGGGAAAAAAAUGUCAGAGAAUUCGAAAUUAAUCACUAAAAACAGCGAUGCCAGACUACGUUUGGUCAACGAGAUUUUUCAAGGGAUGAGGCUAGUGAAACUCAGAGCUUGGGAAGAUAUUUUCGAAAGGAAAAUAAAGAGAACAAGGGAGAAUGAGUUAAAGACACUAAACAAAGAUUCUUUUUAUUGGACCCUUAUCAACUUCUUGGUUCACGCCUCUUCGGUACUGAUGACGCUUUUUACCUUCGGCGCUUACUUUUGGUUGGAAGAUCGAAAUCUCGAGGCAGGAAGCGUUUUCGCUAGCUUGGCCUUGUUUUCACAGCUUACAGUGCCUCUCCUCAUUUUCCCAGUAAUGGUACCAAUCAUCAUAAACGCCAUGAUAUCUACAAGCAGACUGGAGAAAUUCCUUAUGCUCCCCGAAACAGAUAAUGUCUUGCCAAAUUUAGAUAGGAACUUAAGUAUCACUGGGAGCACACAAUCGGAAAUCGAUUCCAUCAAUGAAACUACUAUGGAAACGACGAAAACACACAAUACUCCCACUUUUGGAUCGUUGGAUAAUAUCAAAGAGGACGAAGAAGAUAGGCAAUAUUGUUCUCUGACAGAUUACAAAUCAGAUAUAGAUUCUUCUAUGGACACGGUUUUUGAAAAGGACUCGGAGGUGCCUGUGCUAAAACUGAAAUCCUGCGGAUUUUCUUGGGGCACACAUGAGAGUCUAUUAUCUAUCGCUAAUCUUACCGUCCCACGUGGUCAGCUGACUUUAAUUGUUGGAAAAACAGGAAGCGGCAAGACUUCGUUAUUAUUAGGAAUGUUAGGCGAAAUUCAGAGAACAACUGGGUGCAUCAAAUGGGCUAAAGGUACGAAAGUCGCGUACGUAGCUCAGAAACCGUGGCUGCAAAAUACAACUUUGCGCGAGAAUAUUCUGUUCGGAUCGCCGUUCAAAUUGAAGCGAUACAGGAAUGUGUUGAAAGCCUGUGCUUUGCAGCCAGACGUGGAUAUCCUUCCAGGUCACGAUUUCACUAGGAUCGGUGAAAAGGGGAUCAAUUUAAGUGGUGGACAGAAACAGAGAGUGACUAUCGCUAGAGCGGUUUAUAGCAACGCAGAUGUAGUGAUAAUGGAUGAUCCAUUGUCUGCUUUGGAUCACCAGGUCGGGCACCAAAUUUUCGAUCAAGCAAUCAGAAAAUUGUUACUCAGAAGUGGUCGCACCGUGAUCAUGGUCACUCAUCGAUUGGAACUGCUAUCCACUGCUCAUCAAAUUGUAGUUAUGGAUGGAUGCCAAGUUCGAGCAGUGGGGACUAAGUCCGCGAUCGAGGAUUCCGAUCCUGAAUUAGCGAACGAAUGGAAGAAAGCAAUGACGAGGCAAGAUGAACAGAAUUAUGAUCACAGGACUGCGAAAGACAGAUGGUCGCUGAUCAGGCUUGUAUCUAGGAUUGGUAUUAAUGCGAAGAACAAACAGCCUGACGAUGGGUCGUGGAUCACAGAUCAAGACGCUCACGUGAAUCCUCCAGGUUUCGUGCCAUUAAGAAUGCGAAGAGCCACUCUUCACGGAUCGAGAUACUUGGCGCACGAUUUAACAGACCUGCCAGUACUCACGGAAGAAUGGAACGUCGCUAACAAGAAAAUGAAGUUCCACCGAAACGCUGUCAGAUCGUCGAGUCUUCAACCUCAGAGGCAGCCACCGCCUGUUCUGCGUCAGAACAGCACGCCAACUAUUAUUGAGAGUGGAUACGACGUUCCCAGGAAAAGGAAUAAUACUUUUGACAACGGGCAGAGAAACGUUUUUAGACAAAUAUUUUCUGGAGGAAUAAUUAGCACGCAUCCUAAUGAGGUGUCGCCAAAUAGAGAUAAAAAUGUUCUGCGGAGUCUGAUACCGGCCAGCUCUAACAGGCAGAUGCACUACAGCUUUAUAAAAAACAAUCAAGAUCAGGACGAUGAUCAUUUACCCGAUAGACGAUUACUAUCGACAGAAUCUACAGAAAUAAAUCGAUCAACUGAAAUCAAUGGGAGAAACUAUGUUGAAAAAGGACGAGAAUCUCAAGACGAAGAUGAUAGUGGAUUAGUCACUAAAAUGAUCCUUUGGGACUACGUGAAAGCCGGAGGCUGGAUCCCAAGUAUAAUUUAUAUAGGAGUAGCUAACUUUUGUCAGAUUCUUCGAGUGUACAUCGAUCUCUGGUUAAGUCGAUGGACUGACAACAGCAAUGAAGAUUCAGAAAAUAUGGUGUUCUACUUCAAAGUUUACGUUUCUCUUUCCCUUGCCUUUAUACUAUCAUCCCUGGUGUGCAACGUAACCGGGCAAUGGACAGGCGCCAAAGCAAGAAGAAAAUUACACGAGGAAGUUGUAUCUAGACUCCUCAGGGUGCCCAUGUCCUUUUUUGACCAGAAUCCAGUUGGGAAAAUUUUAAACAGAUUCAGCGCUGAUAUCGGUGUCAUCGACAAGAAAAUAUCUCUGUCGAUUCAAAGACUAACGUUCUUCGUCCUGCUUUGCGGCUCUGCGAUAAUCGUGAACGCAAUCAUAUCGCCGUGGUUUUUGAUCGCCGUUGUGCCCAUGUGCGUAGCUUAUUUCUUCGUUCAAAGAUUCUACAGGCGGGGUGCCAACCAUUUGCAGAAAUUAGACGGCAGUACCAGGUGGCCGAUUAUUACACAUUUUUCUGAAACAUUCUCUGGAUUGGCGACGCUAAGAGCAUCUAAACAAGAGAACCGCUUCAUGGACCAAGCUAUGAAAUAUCUAGACUCUAAUACAAACGCGUUUCUCCUCCUAAAUUCCAGCAGUCGAUGGCUAGGAAUCGCUCUGGACUACUUAGGUGCUAUGAUAGUUGGUUCUGCGACAUUCACCGCAUUGAUUUCUGCAGAACUUUAUCCAAAUCGCGUGACGCCAGCUUUGGUUGGCUUGGCGAUCAGUUACACUCUUCUCGUGCCAAUCUACUUAAACUGGGUGGUUAAAUUCACCGCAGAAACUGAAAUGUAUUUGGGCAGCGUGGCCAGAAUCUCAGACUACAGGCAUGCGCCUAUUGAGAAUUACGAACAAAAUGCUUCCAAAUUGCCGGACGAUUGGCCCAACAAAGGCGAAAUUAUUUUCGACAACGUUUCACUUAAGUAUAACAUAGAAGGGGAACCAGUGAUCACAGAUUUAUCCCUGAAAAUUCCAGCGGGUCAAAAAAUUGGAAUUUGUGGAAGAACCGGAAGUGGCAAAUCGUCUACUGUGAUGGCACUGUUCCGGUUACUGAACAUCAGUCGGGGUCGCAUUCUGAUCGAUGGUAUAGACGUUCGACGAGUUCCCUUGGAAGUACUUCGCUCGCGCUUGUUAGCUCAUAAUAUAUCGAACGUAAUCUUCCUUAGAGAAAAUUUGGAUCCUCUUUCCGAACACGAAGACAGGGAAUUGUGGAACGCUUUAGAAUUGGCGCAGAUUAAGGACAUCGUUGCCUCGCAUCCCGAAGGACUAAAUUACGAAGUGAAAGAGGGGGGCGAGAACUUCUCUUCCGGACAACUGCAGCUGCUCUGCAUGGCGCGAGCGAUUCUCAGGAAGUCUUCUAUUGUUAUUUUGGACGAAGCGACCAGUGCGCUCGACGCAGCCACGGAAAAGAGUCUCCUAAAUGCAGUUUCGACUGCGUUUGAGAAUCGCACGGUGAUCGCAAUCGCGCAUCGAGUAUCAGCGUUACUCGACUGUGACCGAGUGAUCGUUUACCAUGAAGGUAAAAUCGUUGAGGAUGGGUCACCGAUCGAUUUGAGUCAACGACAAGCCGGUUCCUUCGCGAACAUGCUGAAGUCCAACGAAGAAAAUUUUGCACUCGUUCGACUCGCGAGACUGGUAAGAAAGAGAACAGCCGAUGGAACGGCGGAUCAAAUAUUUGUGGUCGCCCGCACCAAGAUCCGCGGUGCGACGGUUUUCAUAAUAAAGGAAGCAAUAAAGUGUGGUGAACUUUAUCGGUGUGUAAAGAGAGUGUGCUUCGGACAUGCGUGGGAUGAGGAGAAUAGGAUGAAGUUCUCGUGUUUCCCGAGACCAAGCAUCAUGGGACAGAGGGGUAGUAUUAAUCUCACCCCUGUGACACAGAUCAGUGAUCCGGGCAGCGUGAUCAUUGUAAACAAUGGAAGUACGAGGAGCCAGGUGGCAACGAAUUAUGAAUCGGAUCUGACUCACGGUGUGAUCCGUCCUUUACCUGGUACCACAUUGUCGAAUGGAACCGGGCCACCGACACAUUUGAAAGGCAAGGCGCCAUUGCCACCCAGACAGAGUCACCACUCGGAUGAUGAACCUGCAACCAGGGCCUCGGAUAGUUCCGAUGAACCAGCGAACCCGAGGGGUGGUGUCAUCGGUAGGACCCCGACACCACCUUCCGCCCCUACCCCCGUUUACGAGAAGGAUGAACAAAGCAAGCAACAGAUCAAGGAAGCUAUUUUGGAGAAUGAGUUCCUUGGUAAUCUGGAAGAGAAUCAGGUGGAAGCGCUGGUCGACGCCAUGUAUCCGAAACAGGUACUACCGAGUACUUUAGUCAUUCGUGAAGGGGACAUUGGGUCACAUUUGUACGUGUCGGCGGAAGGGGAGUUCGACAUUUAUCAGGGUAGCAAAUUUCAAGGAACUUUUGGACCCGGUGUCGCGUUCGGAGAAAUCGCUUUAUUGUACAACACGAAAAGGAUGCGAUCUAUCAGCGUAAAGAAAGGUGGGAAAGUCUGGGUACUCGACAGAUCCGUGUUCCUCACGAUAAUGAUGGAAACAGCGCAGAAAAGGCUGGAAGGCAAUGUUCGUUUUCUCCGACAAGUCGACGUUUUACAAAAAUUACCCGAACCCAAGGACGUGGUCCUCUCUAAAAUAUCUGACCUCAUUCGCGUUGAAUUCUAUCCUGCUGAAGCAAAAAUAGUGCGGCAAGGCGAGAAGGGGGACAAAUUCUUCAUAAUCAGCGGUGGAAACGUUCGGAUCACUAAAGAUACCGAGUACGGUGGUGAAGAGGAACUAGUAGUACUUGGGAAAGGUCAAUACUUUGGGGAAAAAGCUUUGUUUGAUGACAUCGGUGAAAAUCGGCGACACGCCAAUGCCAUCGCUCUUGCGCCUGGCGUCGAGUGUUUAACGUUAGACCGAAAUUCUUUCAUGAAUUACUUGGGAGGCCUCGACGAUAUACGCAACAAGGAUUGGCUAGCUGAGUACGAAAAACAGAAACGAUCCCUGACACUGAAGAAGUGGUCCCAUGAGUACUCUAAUGUAACUCUGGCCGAUUUGGAAGUCAUAAGCACCCUCGGUGUCGGUGGAUUCGGAAGGGUUGAACUGGUCACGUUGAAAUCAGACUCUGACAAGAGCUUCGCGUUAAAGAGGCUCAAGAAGAAAGUGAUGGUCGAACAGCAGCAGCAGGAACACGUACUGAACGAGAAGUACAUCAUGCAAGCCUGCAACUCUCCCUUCAUAUGCAAGCUCUACCAGACUUAUAAGGACAGUAAAUACGUCUAUUUCUUGAUGGAAGUCUGUCUAGGUGGAGACGUUUGGACAACUCUCCAUAGAAGAAGAUUCUUCGACGACGCGACGACGCAGUUCAUGAUCGGAUGCGUCGUGGAGGCCCUCGACCACCUCCACUCGAUGAACAUCGUCUACCGAGACUUGAAGCCGGAGAAUCUUAUGCUCGAUACUCGCGGAUAUUUGAAAUUAGUCGACUUCGGUUUUAGUAAAAAAAUCGGUCCGUCCAAAACGUGGACCUUUGCUGGAACACCCGAGUACGUGGCCCCGGAAAUUAUUUUGAACAAAGGACACGACAGAGCCGUGGAUUACUGGGCCCUGGGGAUUUUGACUCACGAACUGCUCGUGGGUAAACCGCCGUUCCGAGGAUCCGACCACAUGUCCAUUUAUAAUAAAAUUCUGAAAGGCAUCGAGGUGGUCGGAAUACCCAGUUCCGUCAGCAGGAACGCUAGUAACAUGAUCAGAAAGCUGCUACGUCUGAGCCCCUCCGAUCGCCUGGGGUAUCAGAGGAACGGCAUUCAAGAUAUUCGAGAUCACAAGUGGUUCAACGGAUUCAGUUGGCAGGCUUUGCAGAGAUUAACUUUGCCUGCGCCGAUUGUCCCGAUGGUUCGUAAUCAAACCGACACGAGGAAUUUCGAAGGAUACCCACCGGAUCGCAACGUCCCUCCGGAUGAAUCAUCUGGAUGGGACGCGAACUUCUAAGUGGUAGAGACCGUGCAAUAAUAAUCAGCCACUCGUGAUUCAUCCGACUAAUGAUUAAUGUAAGAAUUGCAAUAGCGGGACAGAUAACAUUGUUACGAGAGUAUAUGUACAGAUAGUCAAGAGAUUAUAGUUAUCUCUAAUCAAUUCGGAUGAAUAGUUUUCUAUUUAUCCCUGCAGCAGCGAUAAGUCCCCCCGUUCCCAACGAUAUUGAGUUCCGCAGAACUUGUAAAAUAAUUAAGAAGUAAAUAUAAAUGAUACUCUGCGAUGAAUGAUACUUGUAAUCAUUUUAACGUUAUCAAUUGAUAAUAAAUUUAUAUACGAAUUGGUAAA